UCUGUAGUUCGCUUGGGUCCUCCCCAUUCUCUAGCCUAUGGAGUUGGAACAAGCAUAAGACUACAAGUUCCAGCAUGCAACGCGGGAGAGAGGCUGUACCACAUGCGGGGAGAGGGUCUCUGUUGUGUCCAAGUAAAAGCAUCGAGGCGGUGCUGAGUAGCCGCGAUCGCCGGCAUGGCCAGAAGGGCCUUGAAACUUGUCUCUCUGGCAGCAGCCACUUCUGGCUUCUACCUCUACAGCAGCAAGUAUCUGGAUCCCAAUGAUUUUGGAGUUGUUCGGGUGGGCAGAGCCAUUGCCACAACAGCUGUUAUCACUUAUGACUACCUCACUGCUCUCCGGAGUGUCCCGUAUGGAUCACAGGAGUAUGCCUACGUCAAAUCACAGGUGCAUCUGCGCUCUGCGGAACGUCUACGGGACCUGUGCUGUGCCAACAGAGGCACCUUCAUCAAAGUGGGACAGCAUUUGGGGGCACUCGACUACCUUCUGCCUGAGGAAUACACUCGCACCCUUAAGGUACUACACAGCCAGGCCCCACAGAGCAGCAUGCAGGAGAUUGAACAAGUGAUUCGUGAGGACCUGGGCAAAGAGAUCAAAGAGCUCUUUGUGAGUUUUGAGGACACUCCUCUGGGAGCAGCAUCCCUGGCUCAGGUCCACAAGGCAGUGUUGCAGGAUGGGAGGACAGUGGCAGUAAAAGUCCAGCACCCGAAGGUUCAGGCUCAAAGCUCCAAGGACAUUUUGUUGAUGGAGAUUCUCCUGCUGACUGUGAAGCAAAUCUUUCCAGACUUUGAAUUCAUGUGGCUGGUGGACGAAGCUAAGAAGAAUUUGCCCCUGGAGUUGGACUUCCUCAACGAGGGGAAGAAUGCUGAAAAGGUCGCCCACAUGCUCAAGGACUUUGACUUCCUGAAGAUCCCUAGGAUCUACUGGGAGCUUUCAACCAGGCGUGUCCUUCUCAUGGAGUUUUUGGAAGGCGGGCAAGUGAACGACAGGGCCUAUAUGGAAAGGAACUGCAUUGAUGUCAAUGAGAUCUCUCGCAAUCUGGGGAAGUUGUACAGCGAAAUGAUCUUUGUGAACGGCUUUGUACACUGUGACCCGCACCCAGGCAAUGUGCUGGUGAGGAAGUGCCCAGCCACCGGCAAGGCCCACAUUGUACUGCUGGACCAUGGGCUCUACCAGGUCCUAACACAGAAGUUCCGCUUGGACUACUGCAGACUCUGGCAGUCCCUGAUCAAAGCUGAUAUGAAGAGGGUGCAGAAGUACAGCAGAAGGCUCGGGGCGGGUGACCUGUACCCACUCUUUGCAUGUAUGCUCACUGCCAGGUCCUGGGAUUCUGUCAACAGGGGCAUCGACCGGUCACCUGUCACAGCCAGUGAGGACGUGGAGAUCCGGACCAAUGCUGCUACUUACCUACCUCAGAUCAACCAGCUCCUCAACAACGUCCCUCGCCAGAUGCUGCUGCUGCUCAAGACCAAUGAUUUGCUAAGGGGGAUUGAGUCAGCCCUACGCACACGGGCCAGUGCCAGCUCCUUCCUCAACAUGUCUCGCUGCUGCAUUCGAGCCGUCUCCACGUACCAGAGGAGCAAGUCUCACUCCCUGUACAAAAAGGCCCAGAUCUCUCUCUUAGAAGCCCUGAGCCUGUGGCAGAUCAACUUGUAUGAACUCUUCCUGCGGCUGAAGGGGACCCGGCUGGGGAACUGGGUCAUUGCUUUCCUGAGCAGGAUGCACCAUUCUCUGUACUGACAGGAACUGGCGGGAGAAGCCUGGGCAAUUACUGUUCGCCUCCAUUGUCCGCAGCACUCUUGCCUUCCUGACCAUUUCUGUCCGUACUCCACAAAGGAAAUUGAGACUCUUUUCUUGUAACAUGUGGUGUCGGCCUUGGCUAUCAGAGCAUAAGCUUCUCUACAGCAGUAAGGGAGACGAGAGUGGGUGCUCUAGCAGUCAGGGCUCCUGGAUUCUAUUCUAGCAGUGAGUGAGGGCAGUGGGCAGGACAGGGGGACUAGGAGUCUCUCUGUUCCCAGCUCUAGGAAUACCACAAUGGAAACAUCCUAUAGACUUGAAUAGAACAUGAGAACCUUUUCUAGGCUCCCUCUUCCACUUUUAAACCAUCUUAAAACAUUUAAGAGAAAUGAAUCCCCACCCUAGAAUUCUCCAGGAUAAUUCAAAUCCCCUAGAGAAGAAAUCAUUAUUAAUAAAAUCCAGUAGGGUUUUCAGUAGUGGUACAGAAUCCUGUUGGCUUCUGUGAAAUUGAUGGGAAUUGUCUCCUGGAAGAGUAUAAUCUAAUGGUUAGAGCAGGGAAUUUUGAGAGCAAGGGUCUGGAAGCCAGGCUCAGAUUUCUGGGCUCUGUUCCUAGCUGUGCGAUGGAGUCAUUGUGUCAUUUUGGACAAAUGCUUUCCUUGCCUUACUUUCCCCACAUCUGAUACAGAGAUAAUGCUGUGAACCCUCCUCUGAACUCCUCGGGGAGAAGGUGCUGUGGAAUCUUACCUGAGAACUCAUCGUGUUGCUGAUGACGUAUUUGUAUUGUAUUGUUGCACAGGAAAAUAAAGCAGGGUGUCACAGUAGAGUCCUGCACGGAGAAGAGA